AAACAUCACUUGCUCUUGUAAUGUUUUGACGGUAAGUAAAGAUGGCGGAAUCGGGCGAGUCGAAGCCUAUCUGUACGUUUUUGUUCAAAAAAUCUAAGAAGAAGUUUAGCGCUCGGAAGAGAAAAGCCAGUGGGAGCGAUAAAGAUGGCAGUAGCGACGAGGAGAAGAGCACAGUUGUCCGCCGGGAGAAGAAGGCAAACAUCGAAAACCCCAUGAUUCAGAAGACUAAGAAAGUCGAGAAGGAGGUUGUUGCGUCAAGUGAUAGUGAUAAUAACCAUGACGAAGAGAAGGUGGCCGUUGCCUACAAGUCUACACGCUCUGCGAAACCAGAGGGCCCUGACGAUAUGGGUGCUACUGCUACCUAUCAACUGGACACAGACAAGGAUAAUGAUGCCCAGGCCAUCUUUGAACGCAGCCAGCAACUCCAGGAGGAGUUGACUGACAAAGGUGUUGACAAGGUGUAUCGUGGUAUCAACAACUACCACAAGUACAUCAAGCCCAAAGACUCCACUAUGGGUAAUGCAUCCUCAGGAAUGGUCAGGAAAGGCCCCAUCCGAGCCCCAGAGCACCUCAGAGCUACAGUGAGGUGGGACUACCAGCCAGACAUCUGCAAAGACUACAAGGAAACAGGCUUCUGUGGUUUUGGAGACAGUUGUAAGUUCUUGCACGACCGCUCAGACUACAAACAUGGCUGGCAGAUAGAAAGGGAAUUGGAUGAAGGGAGAUAUGGUGCAAACGAUGAGGAGAACUAUGAAAUUAGCAGUGAUGAUGAAGACUUUCCCUUUAAGUGCUUCAUCUGCAGAGAAUCUUUCAAAAACCCAAUUAUAACAAAGUGUCGGCAUUACUUCUGUGAGACCUGUGCCCUUCAGCAUUACCGUAAAUCCAAGCGCUGUUACGUGUGUAAUGUCCAGACCAAUGGCGUUUUCAACCCAGCGAAAGAACUGAUGUCAAAGUUAGCGAAGCAUCAAGCUGCUGCUGCUGCCGCUGACCAGCCACCAUCUGAAGAGGACGACUAGCAUCACGUCCGGCUCCCUUUUAAUUGUGUAUUGACUGUUUUUAAAAAAUGUGUAUUGUGUUAGUCAUUGAUCAGUGGUGAACCCUUGGAAUAAAAAGUAAAUUGGA